AUGAAUGAGACGGUGCAAAAUAGAACAAGGCGGAACGAGAAGGAAAUAAACAGGACGGGACAUAAUGAGACCAAAAUUAUACCCGACAAGGCAGAACGAGACGGGAAGAAUGGGAUGAGAAAGAAUGGGAUGGGGCAUACGAGACGGGAAAAAACAGAACGGGACGAGACAGAACGUCUCAGACAUGAUGGGAUUGCACGUGACGAUACGGACAUGGCGAAUGAGACGGGAAAGAACGGGCAUGAUAAAGGAACAAAAUGGGAGGAAUGA